GGCAUGCUGAGAUCCUGCCUAUCCACCCUCAAAGCAUUGAUUACUCAUGCAUUGCCUGCGCGCGUAGGGAAUCUUCUUUCGCGUGUAGGCGCGUCAGUGACUUCUUUUUGUACUGUUCAGCCUCUGUUUACCUAUUUUCAUCCUGAUUUCGAUAUUGACCCUAAUUUUACUUGAAUCAAGACCUACCAGAGGAAUUUUAGAAAUUUUGGAGCUCCUGACUCACGAAAAAGCUAGCUUGGGAGGGCACGCUUCAUCCAAGUAAGUUACCACACGGAUUUUAGGCAAGUAAUUAGCAAUCGCUAGAAUGUGCUAUCAUGCUAACAUUCCUUACCUUAGGUGGUUAGAAAAUGCGUAUUAAGGACUUUGAAAGGGCGUGUUGGAUGAGUAUGUAUUGUACGUAUGUCAUGGUAAAAUUACAGUUAUACCCUUAGGUUGAGAUUUCCAAGAAGCAUGCUAUUUUAUGUAUUAUACAAGGCUAAAAAGAAAAUAUGCAUGAUUAAAAUACGAGUUGGGCAGUAUGGGAUGAGUGUGGCAUGCAUGAUGUAAGAAAUUACAAAAAUACCUCUAUGAUGAGAUUUGUGAUGAACGUCGUUUUAUAUGCUUUCCAUUGUGUUAGAAAAAAGGAUGAGCUAUUGUGACCUGUGCUUCGGGUGAUUGAUGGAUGUUAUCUUCCUGUAGAGCUUGUUUGCUUCUAUGUUUGCAUGAUAUAGUGCGGAACAAGCUUCUAUGUUUGCAUGAUAUAGUGCGUGUUAGCUCCUGGUGUGAUUGUAUGUUCCCCCUGUAAAGCAUGUUUAUUUGUAUAGAACUAGGGCAUUAGAGUUAGGUUGACUAGACGAUAACUUAGGUCAGAACACUUCAAGUAGACUGAGCACUUUAGAAUCAUACACAACGGUCAGAGAGUCUAGACCCUAGUGCUCCUAGACUAAGAAUGACUUGAGGAGUAAAAAAAGAGCAGCUUGGAGUCAUAAAAUCAUGUUAAGCCACCUAGCCUCUUUAGGAAUCCAAUAGACCUCCUCGAUUCCCCAUAUAUGACUAAGGUGAAGUUUAAAUUGUGGAUUACACGCUUAGGUGAUCGAUAGGAAUAUCUCCCUAGUAAAGCAUGCACGAGAGAGCUCAAUUAAGAUUAGUGCACUAAAACUAAUGUGUUUUACAUGUUUGACCCAGGUCAGUAUGUUUCUUGUUGACCUUGCACGCCAUGAUCGUGAAUGAUUAGAGGUUUAAACCUAUAUGCCCCCAGAGAUUGGUUUGGCCAUAGGAGCUAACCCUAAAGUCUUGGAAACGAGAGAUGAGAUUUAAACCGCCUAGACGCCUCUAGAGACCUAGAAGGCCACCACAGCAACCUUGGAGAAAAAUAAAGGUAGCCUAUAAGCCGAUAGUAGCCAGUACAGUGUUUGCAGAUUCCACUCCAGUAUGGUACGUUUAGCUUGGCGUGAGGCCGAUUAGGAACGUGUGACCUAAGAGAGAGUUUGGGUGGAUUACCCUGCGCGGUGGAUCUGCAUCAUCCACACGAGGAUGUGCAAUGAGCGGGUGUCCAUGGUCACGGUUCGGUAGAACUACCAUCGAGUCAAUGUAACAACUUGAGCAAGAGAAUGUCCUACCUUUGGGAAUCGGGCAUAAGCAACUUUUGAGGACGAAAGUUUUUAAGGAGGGGAGAAUUUGUAACACCUGAGUCUCGACGAGGAAUUAGAAACCCAAUCUUUUCUUUUAAAGUCGAGCUUUUGAGAUUUUAUUGAGUCUUAGAGGCCAAAUUUCCAGAUGAGAUAGAAGAGAAAAAUGCUUUGAAAAAUUCCAUAAACGGAAAAAAUAUAUAGAAGAAAAUAGUGAAAGUUAGAAAAAUCGGUCAAAGUCAACCCACAUUUGGUCAUUUUGACCCUCCUUUCCGGGGUCUGCAUUAGCCUUAAUAAGAUUAUAAGAACAAAGAAAAAGAAAGAAACAAAGAACAGGAAAAGCCGCAACUUUUUACAAAGAUGGAGCUAAAAUUCGACAUGGGUUAUGCUCAUUCUUCAUGCUCUCUCGUUACAACUUUCUCCACCAAACAUUUCUGCUUUUCCCAAUCUUCAAUUUGCGUAUCAAAGUUACGCCCAACAAGUCAGAAUCAAAUCAGAUCUAUCAAAUUCACUUCUCACCCUUUUCAUUGUUGUUGUUCCUCUUCACAACAUUUGCCUUUAAGGUGUAAUCAAGUAGGUGAAUUCGAAACCCAAGUGAAGUCUUUGAAAACCAUGGUGGAUAUUCAUGGCAUUGAUCAAGAGUUGCUGAAGAAGAUGGUCUAUGAUGCUCUUGUUUGGAGUUCUCUACAUGGACUUGUUGUUGGUGACAAGUCAGUGAAGAGAUCAGGUAAAGUACCUGGUGUAGGUUUGGUUCAUGCCCCAAUUGCCUUGUUGCCUGGGUUAUUUCCUGAAACUCAUUGGAAGCAAGCAUGUGAGUUAGUCUCCAUUUUUAAUGAAUUAGUCGAUCGAGUUAGCUUGGAUGGGACAUUUAUACAGGAAUCAUUAUCGAGAACCAAAAAAGUGGAUGCUUUUACGUCUAGACUUUUAGAUAUUCAUUCCAAGAUGCUUCAGAUUGACAAAAAAGAGGAAAUUCGCUUGGGUUUACAUCGCUCAGAUUAUAUGCUUGAUGAGAAAACAAAAUUACUUCUUCAAGUAGAGCUCAACACCAUAUCAUGUUCAUUUGCUGAAUUUAGUCAUCUAGUCAGCCAACUUCAUAGUGAUUUACUUGGUCAAUAUGGGGAAGUCCUCGGAUUAGACUCGAGAAUGAUUCCUGAAAAUCAUGCGGGUAAUCAAUAUGCUGAGGCAUUGGUCAAAGCUUGGACUGAAUAUAACAACCCAAGUGCUGUUAUCAUGAUUGUGGUUCAAGCUGAGGAACGCAACAUGUAUGAUCAACACUGCCUUUCUGUUAACUUGAGAAAAAGACAUUAUGUCAAAACUCUUCGGAAAACACUGGCAGAAAUCGAUAGGGAGGGAGAACUGCAAUCUGAUGGAACACUCCUUGUAGAUGGCCAAGCAGUUGCAGUUGUGUACUACAGGGCUGGAUAUACACCCACUGACUAUCCUUCUGAAUCGGAAUGGAAAGCAAGGUUACUUGUGGAGCAGUCAUCUGCAGUCAAAUGCCCAUCCAUAUCUUACCAUUUAGUGGGCACCAAAAAAAUUCAACAGGAACUUGCACAACCAAAUGUACUUGAAAGGUUCCUUGACAAUAAAGAGGAUAUUGCCAAGAUAAGGAAAUGUUUUACAGGGUUAUGGAGUUUAGAUGACAAAGAUAUAGUAAACAAAGCCAUCGAAACACCAGACCUAUUCAUUAUGAAGCCGCAAAGAGAAGGCGGAGGGAACAAUAUCUAUGGCGAUGAUGUGAGGAAAACCCUUGUAAGAUUGCGGAAGGAAGGGAAUGUAGAAGAUGCUGCUUACAUUCUUAUGCAGAGGAUAUUCCCACCUGUUUACCCAACGAUUUUUGUUCGAGAUGGGAUUUGUUACAAGGAUCCCGCAAUUUCAGAGCUUGGUAUAUUUGGUGCUUACUUAAGGAACGAGGACAAAGUAAUUGUCAAUGACCAAUGUGGUUACCUGAUGACGACCAAAGUAUCUUCAUCAAAUGAGGGUGGGGUUGCAGCUGGAUUUGCUGUUUUGGACAGUAUUUACUUAACUUGACAACAGGUUUUGUUCCUAAUUUUUCCUUUGCUAAAACCUAUAGAAAAUCCUAAUAAAAUCCCCAACUAAGGGAAGGAUUUUAUAUAUUCUGCAGACAUCUUUCUCUCCCCCAACUAUGCUGAAUUGAUCUAGAGUUUUCUAUUUAUGGAGUUCAAGUUUCUCUGCCUUAAUAUCAGAGAAAAAAACAAAGCCUAAAGAACCUUAAGGGGUGGGAAGAAUCCCCGCCAUUGCAACUCUAAGGUUGUAUCCAAAGAAAAAUACCCCAGCUCGGGAGCCUCCAAUGUUAGAGAUAGGAGCCUUGGGUGUAGGGCUUGAGGCCGAGGAGUCUCGCUAUGAAUCGAAAGAUUGUGAAGAUAAAGAGGAGGCUUUUGGUCCCCUACGUUGUAAUAAAGGAAAGAGCCACGAUUCUAUUAAGCAUCACUAAUACUGCUAACUCAAAAGAAAAAAAGAAAAAGAAAAAAGAAAAAAAGGUUGGAUAAAGGAUGUGGGAGAGGAGCUGUUUUGGGUUUUCUUCUAGAAAGAGACGGAAAGAGGCAAUGGAAUUGUGAGACCAAGGGGGAGAGGAGGUGUUGUUUUAAUUUGCUAAGUUCAGUUGGCCAUGCAAGGAGGAUGUAUAGCUGAUUGACUUAAAAUACCAAAAGGAGUCGAAAAGCUUUUAGUGGAGGAGCACCUAUGGUCCUCUUGAUAUAUAAGCAUCAUGUCACGACCAUACUAUGAAGAAAGUAGGUUAUGACCCUCAUGUUGUAACAAGCAAAGCGGCGACCCUUAAGUGGCGCCCAUAUGAUCAUGCGAGGGCCUAGACGAGUGUCAUGAUGCGAAUGAGGAGGACAAUGAAUCAUCCAACACACCGCAUAGAGUGUACAUUGAAGAGAAGACGAGACAUAAGCAAAAUAAGGCCUACAAGUAGACACAAGUGUCAAAAAUAGGCUUGUUGAAGAGCCAGGUAGGGCUCCGGGCCUUAACCUCGAAAGUUGGGGUUCUGGAGGGAAUUUGGUGUCAGUCGGACACCGGACGGACAUUCCACAACUCCGUUUGACUGUUCACCAAAAUGGCGUCUAUUUGAGAAAGAUUGAAAAUGCCUCAAAAUAUACCUUGGGGGAGGCAUGAUGUCAGCUCUCCACCAUCCUUGGGCCCUGUGGCCUAACUGAGCUACCUUGUGGCACAUAUGUGUGUCAAGUGAGGGCGAGUGUCUCAAGCUACUUCCUUUGAAAUGAGUUUUUCAAGGAUAGUACUGGGUGUUGGAUCGGUAAAAAGCCAACAUCGAGUAGCACAAGUGUGCCAGUGUUGCGCCCCCAGCCCAUGUGUACUCGUGCUAGGACGCAAUAAUGACACACUCGUGCCACUCGGGGUACUGUCCUUGAAGAACCCAUUUUAAAGGAAGUUACUCGAGGCACUCGUCUCGCAAUGCUUGCCCUCACUAUGACACACGUAUGUGUCAUAGGGUAGCUCGCUUAGGCAUAGGGCCCAGGGGUGGUGGAGAGCUGACACCUCCCCUAAGGUACAUUUUGAGGCAGUUUCAAUCUUCCUCGGGUAGAUCCAUUUUGGUGAAUGGCCAUACGGUGUUCGAUUGACACCAAAUUUGACGUCAUAUUUCAUAUGGACGGACUUGACUGACUCGAGAAUCGCAUGCCCAAAUUCCCUUUGGAACUCCGACUUUCGAGGUUAAGGCUUGGGGCCCUACUCGGUCCUUCAACAAGUCUAUCUUUGACACUCGUGUCUAAUUGUGGCCCUUAGCUUGCUUAUGUCUCGUCAUCUCUUCAAUACCCACUCUGUGUGAUAUGUUGGAUGAUACACCGUCCUCUUCAGUCGCAUCACGACACUCUUCUAGGCCAUCACGUGGCCAGAUGGGCGCCACUUAAGGGUCGCCACUUUGCUUGUCGCAAAGCGAGGGUCACAACCUACUCCAUUCAUAGUAUAUUUGUGACACGAUGCGCAUAUAUCAAGAGGACUACCGAUGCCUCUUCUCCACUAAAAGCUUUUGAGCUCCUUCUUUUGGUAUUUUAAGUCAAUCAGCUAUACAUUCUCCUUGCAUGACCAACCAAUCUUAGAAAAUCAAUUCCAUUGCCUCUUUUCAAAAACUUCUCAGAUUGACCGAAAAGAAUUCAUGAACCACAUCUUUCAUUCAACCUAUAUUUUUUUGAGUUAGCGGUAUCAGUGUAAGGUUAAUGGAAUUGCGACUCUUUCCUUUAUUACGACGCAAAGAAAAUAGCAACCCAUAUUUUUUCGAUUGGAAAGUAAUGUAUCUCAACUCCAUCUCCUGUCCUACUCACAUAAUAAAGGGCACUUCCCAUUCCAUUUUCUUUCUCUUAUGCUAGCAACGCUCUGUGCAAUCUUUCUUGAGUGACGGUGUACAAUAUUUGUGGAUUUUCUUCUAUAGGGACACCAAAGAAAAAGGGAUUAAACAAGUAUUUCUUGAUGCUUUCAAUAUCAUUUUGUUCUCCUUUCCUCGUUAA